AUGGCCACCCAUCUCGCCGCCCUUCUCCCCUCUAAAUCCUCCCCCUUCACUCUAACAACCCGCCCGACCCCCACCCCAGGCCCCAACGAACUCCUCAUCGCCGUCAAAUCUAUCGCUUUAAAUCCAGCAGACACCAUCAUGCGCGACACGGGCCUCUUCAUCCCCUCCUAUCCAACAGUUCUUGGCUUCGACCUGUCCGGUCUAGUUCUCGAAGUCGGCACCAACGUCCCCAUCCAUUUCCGUACAGGAAUAACCCGCGUCGCCGCCUACUCUGCUUCCGUCUGGAAGGCCUGCGAUCCGGACUAUGGUGCUUUUCAGGAACGAUGUCUUGUUCCGUGGCAGCAUGUUAUGCCUCUUCCGGAUGAGGGUGUGAUGUCGUGGAACGAGGCGGCUACGUUGCCUGUUGCUGUUCAAGUAGCGCUUAAUGCGUGGGAGAGUGUGGGGGUUAUGUUGCGGGCGGGAGAUACUCAAAAUAAUGAUAAGACUAAGAGUCAGAACGUGAAGAAAAGAGAGGUGUUAUUGGUCUGGGGUGCAUCAUCUAGCGUUGGUUCGAUGGGUGUGCAAGUUGCCCGAGUGCUUCGGGAUCAACCUGGUUCUUCAUUCGCUGCUGUGUAUGCGACUGCUGGGACGGCGAAUCAUGAGUAUAUACAAUCACUGGGUGCGGAUCGGGUGUUUGAUUACGGAGACCCGAGUGUUGUGGAUGAGAUUGUUGAGGCGGCUAGGAAGGAUGGAAGUGUGAUUCGGUAUUGUUUUCUUGCGGUGGGAGAUGUACGGAUGUGUCAGGGUGUGCUGGGGGCUUUUGUGGGGUUUGAUGGUGAUGAAAAAGUGAAGGGGAAGAUUGCGUCGGCGCCAGUCAUUCCCGCGGAUAUGAAGGGGGCGGAUGGGGUUGAAGUCAUCUUUGUGGUGCCAUCGAUGGAUGAUGAGGGGAAGAGGUUGGAUCAGUUUCGGUAUUGGUUGGAGACGUGGGCAAGGGAGAAUAUUGCUAAGGGGAAGAUCAGACCGAGUCCGGAGCUGAGGGUUGUUGGGAGGGGCUUACAGGCUCUUAAUGAUGGCUUGGAUGAGUUGGGUCGGGGAGUGAGUUGCACGAAGUUGGUUGUUGAAAUUGCGGAGUGA